AAUCCAUGGCGUUAGCUGGUGCUGCGGCCUUUCUUCCAAAAAAUCCACCCACAGUUUCCAAAUCCCGAUCCUCCGGCAGCAACCGACGGCGGAGGUAUAUUCUUUCGCCACGAAAUUCAUCCACCGGACUUAGCGAUGGCCGUCGCCCCACCUCCAAGCAACCCUCGCCUGAAUUAUGAUGUGCAGGCAUGGAAGAAGCAGAUGUUGUAGUUAUUGGGAGUGGUAUAGGUGGCUUAUGUUGUGCAGGGCUUCUUGCUAGAUACCAACAUGAUGUUUUGGUACUUGAAAGCCACAAUAUACCCGGGGGUGCUGCUCAUUCGUUUGAUAUUAAAGGAUUUAAAUUUGAUUCCGGGCCCUCUUUAUUUUCUGGCUUUCGUUCAAGGGGUCCCCAGGCCAAUCCUUUGACACAAGUACUUGAUGCUUUGGGUGAAUCGGUUCCUUGUGCAAAUUAUGAUUCAUGGAUGGUGCACAUUCCUGAAGGUGAUUUUUUGUCUCACAUUGGGCCAACAGAGUUCUUUAAGGAUCUAGAAAAUUAUGCAGGUCCUGAUUCCGUGAGAGAAUGGAAAAGACUUCUCGAUGCAGUUCUUCCAAUGUCAGCUUUGGCUAUGGCUAUCCCUCCUCUGGCUAUCAGAGGUGACUUGGGCGUUCUUUCCACUGCUGGUGCUAGAUAUGCACCUUCUCUUCUGAAAUCUUUUGCUCAGAUGGGACCUCGUGAGGCCCUUGGUGCUACAAAGCUUCUUGGACCCUUCUCGAAAAUUAUCGAUUCGUUAGGGUUAAAAGAUCCUUUUAUAAAGAACUGGCUUGAUCUUCUCUCUUUCUUGCUUGCUGGAGUAAAAACUAAUGGCAUACUCUCUGCAGAGAUGGUUUAUAUGUUGUCAGAAUGGUACAAGCCAGGUUGCACACUAGAGUAUCCUCUCCAGGGAAGCGGAGCUAUAGUUGACGCCCUUGUACGAGGAUUGCUGAAGUUUGGUGGGCGGAUUUCUCUUAAACGCCAUGUAGAAAAUAUUGUUGUUGACAAUGGUCGAGCCACAGGAGUGAAACUAAGAAGUGGCCAGUUUGUCUGUGCUAAAAAAGCUGUUGUCAGCAAUGCAUCUAUGUGGGACACUCUAAACUUAUUACCACAGGAUGUCGUUCCAAAAAUGGUUCAGGACCGGAUAAAAAACACCCCACAAUGUGAAUCAUUUAUGCAUCUGCAUCUGGGCUUCAAUGCAGAGGGAAUGCGUGAUGACCUGGGGAUCCAUCACAUAGUUGUAAAUGACUGGGAGAGAGGAGUUGAUGCAGAUCAAAAUGUGGUUCUGAUAUCAAUACCGAGUGCGCUUAGUGCUGAUCUUGCUCCACCGGGGAAACACGUCUUGCAUGCCUAUACACCUGGAACCGAGCCUUAUGAAAUUUGGGAAGGACUUGAUCACAACAGCAAUGAAUACAAAAACCUCAAGGCUGAACGAUCCGAGGUAAUGUGGAAAGCAGUGGAGAGAGUGCUCGGCCCAGGUUUCAGUCGUGACAAAUGUGAUGUAAAGUUGGUUGGAACCCCACUAACACACGAAAGAUUCCUGAGGAGGAACAGAGGAACUUAUGGGCCUGCCAUAUUGGCUGGCGGUAAAGACUCCGCAUUCUUUGGGCAUUCAACACCAAUCCGAAAGCUUCACUGCUGUGGAGACUCCACCUUCCCAGGCAUUGGAGUCCCUGCAGUUGCUGCUAGUGGUGCAAUUGUUGCAAAUUCACUGGUUUCUCUGUCUCAGCACACCCAACUCCUUGACGCCUUGGAGGUAUGACAACAGACCUUUGUAAGGUAAACAUGCGUGCACUAGCUUUCAUGGGUUUUCUUUAAUUUGAGCUUUCGUUAAUGUAUUGCACCAAAUGCCCUUCUUGUUGCAAAACCUCCAUAAGAAGGAAUGAAAGGCUGAUAUGUGCCAGUGUUGUUAUUGCAGUGACUUCAUUAUGAGAAAGGAUGAAAAGGGUUGUGCACUUGUGGGCCGUGGCAGGACCAUUGUCAGUACGUGGGGACUGAUCUGUAUGAACUGUGCGUGGUCCGUUGGCAUGAUUUUGAGGCGCCACGUGGCAACGCCACAUGCUAAUCCACCGCACUACUCCGUACAAUCCAACCCGUGAAAACACAGUAAACUGGGCCCCCUUCUAUUUGAGAGCUCGGACGAAAGCUGUUUGAAAAUCAUCAUGCUAAAAAUGGCACUCACUUUGAUCCAAGACGCUUUUUAAAGACAGAAGAGACAUGAAGUAAAUUGCUAAUAGGUGG